GCGUUCAUCAUUGGUAUCAAGGAAAAAAUUAACACACGUUGAUUAAAUAUUAUUUAAUUAGAAGCAAGUCACAAUCGCGGUUUGCAGAGCUUAGCGGCUGUAAAGAUAUGGUAUAUGAGAUGGCAAACAGAAGGUGAUGAUAGAGCAAUCUGCGCCACACAGUACCGAUAUACUGUCAUGUCAUUGAGUGACUUUUAAUAUUUUAUUUUCUUAAGAUUUAUUUUUUGGAAUUGUGGAAAUUAAAUGAUGGGUUGUGGCAAACUAUUCGCGGCCCUGCGUCGCUGCAAGCAGCUCCAAGAUGACAACACGACCAAGCUGUCCCGGUGUCUGGGUCUGCUGGAUCUCACGGCACUGGGGGUCGGCAGCACCUUGGGUCUCGGCGUCUACGUACUAGCUGGUGCCGUGGCCAAGACUGUCGCUGGCCCAGCAGUUACGCUGAGCUUCCUGGUGGCAGCUAUCGCUUCUGCUUUUGCUGGACUGUGCUACGCAGAAUUCGCGGCACGAGUUCCGAAGGCGGGUUCGGCAUACGUAUACAGUUACGUGUCGGUAGGAGAGUUCAUAGCGUUCACAAUCGGCUGGAACCUCAUCCUGGAGUACGUAAUUGGUACCGCCAGCGUCGCAAAGGGCAUGGCCAACUACAUCGACAGCUUGCUCAACAACACUAUGGCCAACACAAUGACCCAAAUAGCUCCCAUCAACAUUUCCUUUAUGGCAGACUACCCUGAUUUCUUCGCUUUUGGACUGGUUUUGUUGAUAUCGAUACUGCUCGGUGUUGGAGUGAAGGAGUCCACCAAACUCAACAACUUGUUCACGACGCUAAACCUGAUCACUGUCGCCAUAGUGGUCGUCGCUGGAGCUAUGCACAGUGAUGUAGCAAACUGGAGGAUUAAUAAGGAAGACAUCCCUGAAGAAUACCGAGGGAAGGCUGGAGAAGGGGGCUUCAUGCCAUGGGGAGUUGCAGGAGUAAUGGCUGGAGCUGCAAAGUGUUUCUUCGGAUUCGUGGGCUUCGAUUGCGUGGCCACCACCGGGGAGGAGGCUAAGAAUCCCAAGCGAGACAUCCCGCUGUGCAUCGUGUUCUCCCUGGCUAUCAUAUUUGCUGCUUACUUCGCCAUAGCUACAGUCCUCACCUUGAUGUGGCCUUACUACUUGCAGGACGCAGACGCGCCGCUGCCGUACGUGUUUGGCCAGGUCGGUAUGCCCGUGGUGAAGUGGAUCGUGGCCAUCGGAGCAAUCUUCGCACUGUGCACUAGCCUUCUGGGAGCCAUGUUCCCGUUGCCCAGGGUGCUGUACGCCAUGGGCGCUGACGGAGUUCUCUUCAGACCGCUCUCCAACAUCAACAGCAAGACCCAGACACCCAUUCUUGCAACCAUUCUGAGUGGCCUACUGUCCGCAACAAUGGCGGCCAUCUUUAACCUGGAUCAGCUGAUCGAUAUGAUGUCAAUCGGGACUCUGCUCGCCUACACGAUCGUCUCUACCAGCGUGCUCAUUCUCAGAUACGAGGAAGACAGUGUCAUAAUAAUGAACGGCGUCAAGUCCCUCCCGGAGACGCCGUACAGCAUCGUGCGACAGAUGUUCAACCUGCUGGGCCUCAAGGAACCCACGGUCCUCUCCUCCACUAUCGCCAAGUGCACCAUAUUUACCUUCUUCGUGGCGGCGCUGAUGACCUUCGGCCUGCUGAGCUGGCAGAGCGCCAGUGACCUGGGCGUCGCUGUGGGAGUGCUGGGUGCUGUGUUGGUGAUCCUAUUGCUGGUACUUUACCGGCAGCCACGCCGCAACGUCGAACAUCUCACGUUUAAGGUGCCGCUCGUGCCAUUGGUGCCGUAUCUGAGCGUGUGCAUGAACGUAUACCUGAUGGUACAGCUUGACUACCACACCUGGGUGCGCUUCUCUAUAUGGAUGGUGAUCGGUUACUUAAUAUACUUCUUCUAUGGCAUUAAGAACAGUUCGUUGCGUGAGAAAGAGCCGGCACCGAAGACAAAUGGAAUCCUAGAAGAGAAGCACGUUGUUACAAAAUUUUGACGCCUUUUAUAAACAAAUAAGGACUAUUUUACGUUAACAUGACCAUAGGAGUUUAACUUUAACUGUGAUUAUUGUGUUGUGGUUGGACUGUGAUAUUUCAACAUUCAGAAUUAUAUUUUCAAUGUAAUUGUUAGAUUAAAAAUACUUAUGUCAAACACUCUCUGCUGGGAACGACGCGUAUAACUGAUUAGCCAAUUUUAAAACAAGAAGGGUGUUCAUUAUGUUUGUUCCCAAGGAUAGUUUGACCUUAUUUAUUUUAUUCAAGCUCAAUACUUUGAGUAUGUAUGGGAAUUUCUAAAGUUUAAAAAAAAACAAAGCUUUUGGCCUCUAUGUAGUGUAAUCUAAUGUUGUGUAAUAAGUUACUUUUACUGUCUGUUUUGUUCUUCAAUUAAGUGUUAAGUUAACAGUCGAUUUAAAAAAUAUCUAUUUUUUAUAUUUAUUAAUAAGUUUGUAUGCGACAUUACAUUGACCCAGAGGCACCGAAUGUUUGACAUUAAAUAUAAUAAUUCACUUUCAAUUUGCGCUGAUAUAUUCAAUUCCAUUUCUACUUAGUUCAGUGAAUAAAUAAUUUAUUAAAUGUAUGAUGUAGCAAUAAGUACCUACCUUGAAUUUUAAGACAAUUUAAAAGUAAAUAUUUAGUAAUAAUAAUUUUAUAUGUACAUAUAUUUUAUUUAAAACAAAAAAAUUAACAUAGGUUUGAUACUGGAGACGUGAAUAUAUAUAUAUAGUAUGGACAAUGAUAUUACAUCUUUCAAUUAUUAAUAUAGUUGGAACUAAAAGAAUAUUUAUUGUAACUGGUGACGAAAUAUAAAAUCAAAAAAUCCCAGAGAUUUUUCACGGCGAAACAAAAGAUAGGUUAACUUUAUUAAGCGAUUUCGCUUAUUUUCAUAGUCCUGCUUGUUUUAAAAUGUCCCUGAGAUAACGUUACUGGGCAUUUAUCCAUACCAACAUUCUUGACUCUUUACUCCUUGAUUUUUAAUCCUAGAUCAAAAUUAUUUUCAAAUAAAUCAAUGACGUCAUUAUUUGUGUCUCUAUGUUUUGCUUUUUUUGAUAUUACUGUUAGCGUAGCGUGCCUUGGCGGGGCCCCGUAUAAAAUUUGCUUGGCUUUAUGAAGAGGGAAAGAUUUCUCACAAAAGAAAACAAAAUGUUUGCAAAAAUUUAAAAGAAAUAUUUAUCAUUAUAUCUAUCUGUCAAAUUUUUAACAAACAAUUCAAAUUAAAUAUACACUCUCCUUACCUUUUUUUCGGCAAGCAGUAAAAGUUUUUAUUAAUUUUUGCUUACGGACUUCGGGGGCCCCGUAUAAUUGAUACGGCAGCUACGGCGGUAGCUACGCCCCUGUCAGUUGUUCAACACGGCAUAUUGAUAUAGGCCGUUAACAGACCUGUUAUAUUAACCCGACAGUAAUAAGCAUAAAAAUCAAACAUUUCGACACAUAAAAUUUCCUUUUCAUUUGGUUUCCAAAAAUUCGUAACGGUUCAUAAAUUUUUGGAGGAGAAAACUGCCAAUACCCCGGUUUCUUACUCAAAAUUUUUAGUCAGACCUACAAUAAUUGUCUUUAUAUUGUCUCGCCCGAGUAAACCUGAAAAAGGCCUCAGAUAGUCUUUACUCCUAAUAACAAUGAUGCAAGAUGCUUUAAGGUGGUAUACUUGCCUAUUCUCCGUAAAACUGCUGCGAGCUAACCACGCACUACGCUAAGGUUGAAUGCAAUCAAUUUGUAAUGUCUUCAACGAUUAAUUAUCCAUCUCGUCAUUAGGUCGUGACAAUAAAUUUCACUAACUACUAUAAAAUUUACAAUAUCGCAUCGUGAACGUGGAGACAUAAUUAAUUCUUCGAGUGUUGUUAUAUAUAUUUCUAUUCUUUUAGUUCCGAAAUUUGACGUAAUAAAUAUUAUUAUUGUUAUAAAUUAGUGUUCUAUAAUGUAUGUAGAUAAGUCUUUCUUGCCGUUACUAUAGAUAAAUAUGCCUGUACCCAGUCAAUGAUCGUUUAGUGUGACUGAUAGUGGCGUAAUGUGCGUUUCAAGUGACAAUACAACAAAUACAGGUAAUUAACUUCUAUCAAAUGUCAAACACGAUAAACUUAGACGUAAAUAAACAAAAGAAUAUCCGUGUUAUUAAUAAAGGCGAAGUGAAGUUAUUCCAAAUUUAAAUCUUACCUUUGUCACUGUAGAAUGACUUUACAGUGAGAAGUAAUUCUAAACUUGGAGUAACUUUUCAUUUCGUUUAUUAAUAUACAGUUUACAUAUUUUGUAUAUCUCAGUAUCAUUAUUUUGAUCAAGAAAUAUAAUUAAUAGUACCUAUAAAUGGCUAACAUCCUGUAUUUUAAAAUUGUUACUUACUCGAAGGAUAAUCUAAGUGUUAUGAGUUUUCGUGUUGAUUUCGCUACGAUUCAAGACUGGCCAAACUCUGGACUAUGGAACGAUAUUGUCUACUUAGUAGUGACUCUCUUGGUUUCGUGUCGAAUUAGUUGAAGACAAAUCUUAUAGCCUAAACAAAUGAUCGGAUUUGGUUCGACCGAACCAGCGGAUGCGGUUUGGUAGCGGACCAUAUCGAAUAUGGUCGUCGCAUCGUCCAUCUCACAAAAUUAUUUUUUCCGUCCGGACCGUACCGAUUACGACGCCGCGGCCGGGCCAAUAGGUGCGAAGCGCCCACCAGACCCUCCGAUGUUCCGGACGUACCAAAUCCGACCAUGUGUUCAGGCUAUUAGCGGAUUUAAUAAAACUUAGCUGAUAAUAGGCUUAGCAUAAUCUUUGAUAUCGUUUUUAUUGUCAUUUGACAGCUAAAAUUAUUCUGAGCUUAUACUAAGACAGCCCAAUGCAAAAGUUGUAUUCCCAUUUUAUCACACUCGGCUAAGUUUUAUCUUUCUAAAGUCUGAGCUAAGUCUAAGUACGCUCUAUCUCUCAGCCUUCAGAGAACUCGUUACAAAAUGAAGAGUAAUUCAAUCAAUUUUCUUGAAAGAUAAUGUUAUGCUUGUAAUUUUAGGCUGUUUUUGUUGGCAUUGUUGUUUUCUAAGUUACGGCAUACCUACCAUGUUCACAGCGCAUGCAAACAUUACAUAGUGAUGAUAUUAGGGUAAGUGAUAUCUGUGAUUCCUGAAUGUGACUAAUAAUUAAAUAUUAUUCAUUA